AUGAUAGCAGAUGAGGACUUCUUAUUCCAAAAUCUCCAGUGUUCUGCGAUAUGCCUUGCAAAGAUGAAAAAUGUACCAGUGAAGAAAGUAUUGAAGACUUUACUUGAUGGCGUAGACGGAAGUGAGAAACCGUUAAAUUAUAAUGCUCGAGCGAAAUUGCUUGCAGUUGGAAUCUAUUUACUGUAUGCCGAAGGACGACAUUUGAAUGAUUUACUUCCAAUUCUUUUGGGAAUUUAUCGAAGUUUGCCGCGAUUAAAGUGGAUUGAUGAUGGUAUCUCGAAUCGACAAGAUAAAGUACCAAUACAGGAGCAGUUUGCAAUGUGUUUCAAUACUGUUCUUAGUGAGCUUGCUUCAAAUUAUCCAGAUGUACGUGAUAUUAUUAUCUCUGCACAAAUAGAAGUUUUUACAGUCACUUCUGAUAUUAUUGUAGAUAUCUGUGAUCAGGUGCAACCACAAUUCCAAACAAAAUGCUACUUGAUGCGGAUUAUUUGCUUUAUGAUUGGAUUACUUCGCUCAUUUGGACGAUAUAGCGGUGAUAAGGAUCACCCAUUGAUUUCGGCUAUUUAUCCUGUUCCAUUCAUAAUCACCAAAAUAGAUGCACAGAGUAAUCAGACAACUACAUGUAUUGGAGAGAGGACUCUUCGAUUAACAACUGAUUCCGAAAAUUUCCUGUGGAGUGAUGCUGCCAAUACAGAAAAGCAAGAUCAAAAGGAACGUUUGCAGAAAAUGUUCUCCAAACAUGCUAGUAGCUUUGUAUUGCCUACGGUUUUCAACGGCAAUAUUCCAUUCAAAUUCACAAUUGCAGAACUGAAUUCAUUCUCCGAUAUUAUGGAACGGUUGUUGAGAAGACCACUACUGGAUAUCAUGGAUGCUUAUGCUACCGAUAUAUACAUAGCUGGACAGAUCAAACGUUUUCCAUAUAAAACAUUAUCAGAAUGUCUUUCACUGGUUUUCGUUACGGCUUAUAGAGAUGCUUAUGCACCAUAUGAUACGUUGAAGCUGGAAAAAUCACUGGCUCAAAAACUUUCUCGAGAGGUGAAAGCAUUUGCUAUAGAACUGUAUUCGAAGGGCGAAGAUUUUUUGAAUGCGCAGAAAUUAAACGAUGAUGAACGAACAUUACGUUGUCCACUGUUGAUUAAUCGAAUAAAAAUGAGCGUUCUUUGCAGCUCAGUUUGCCUAGAACUCAUGGUUUGGGCUACAUACGAUGAAAUCGAUGCAGAGUCACUUCAUGCUACAAUAGCUGAUCGACUUUGGCAUGUUCAUGGUCAUCGUCAUGCAUCAGCUAAAAUAUCUCUAACAAUGAUGGCUUUGGAAGCACUUGGCUCGCUUGCUGUUAAAUUUCCAACAAUUGCUGCAACACUGACAGUUAAUAGUGUUAGUCAGUUCUUGGUUGAACCUUCGCCUGUUUUCUCAAAAUUGGCUGUAGAUCUCGGUGUUAUGGAAAAGCGUGUUUUCAGUGAGGGAGAUCGAAAGGAUGGUGAAAUGGUGAAAAAGAAGCUAACUUUUGAAAAUUUAAGGAAAGUUGCAAUAAACUCUCUUUGCAGAGCACUAAGAUCGGCUAUGAUAGUCGACAAUUCAUCUGUACAAGCCUGUCUAACAAAUAUCUCCUCCAAAUUAUUCCUGAUUGCGAACAAAGACUCAAAUUAUGGUUCUGCUCUCGCUUUGGAAAAUGCAAUGCACAUUGUUGGUGGUAUUGGUGCCGCGCUGGUUGAUGUGGAAAAUAUCCCGCAACUUGCUUUCAGUGUUUUUCAACAGGCUUUUACUGAAACAUCCACGAAUCAUGAUGUUAUUAUAGCGGAAUUGGCCAACAUGUGGAUAGCUGGCGCGCGUGAUAUACAUGAUCUGAUUUGGCUGCUAUUCACAAAAAUAACGAUUGAGUCGAGUAGUCGUGCUUAUGAUGCUGAUACUGCUGAUGGUGUGGAACAUCGUUAUGCGUAUCUGUCCUUGGCAGUUGACAAUGCAAUGGCUAAGAUGGCAGAGAGUGUGAAUAACGAUGAAGACAAAAUGACACUGUUGUAUCGCCUUUUGGAACUUUUUGUUCAACUGGGACAUGAAGGAAGGAAGGCUGGUGAAAAAUUGGCGAGGGUCAUGAAGCUUUCAACUGGUGCUGGAAACUUAGGUGUUUUAAUUCCGAAGAUUGCUUCGUUGUUGCGCAGAUCUGUGACAAUAAAGAACCCAUCAGUUCGGCUACGGAAUUUGUUUCGCGACUUUUGGUUUUGCUGUACAGUGCUCGGAUUUAAUGUCGCCCGGAUAGGUCUUUGGCCAGAAGAGUGGUUUGAAGCUGCUUGCGAGAUUGCUUGUAAAUCGCCCAUACUCACACCUCAAGAGAGUUUGCGUGCUGAGCUCGUUGCAAAUGCUACGAUCAAAAGCGGCAAUGUGCUAUCAGCAGAACUGCAGGAAAUCAGAGUAACUAUUUUGUCUGAAAUUUCUCCUUCUCCCGAGGUAACAGCAGUUGUUAAUAAAUUGGAAUUUACCCACUGUAUUUAUCUUUUAUCAGUAUUCCGCAUGGAACUCAUGCGUGCUUUGCAUUCUGUUGAACCGGGAGCAGUCCAUUCAAUAUUUCAAUAUCUCGAAGACAAAUCUAUAAGAAAAGACAAGGAUGGGAUCUGGACAUGCCUUCUUGCAGCAGCGAGAACCAUCUUCAGUAAAUAUUUGAAAGUCGCCAGUGAACGGAAUUUAGAUUCGGCUCACGAACGUCAACUUGAAUUGCAUGCUCAGUUUCUGCUUAUCAUGUUCAAUCAUCAUCUGAAAGAGGUGAGGAAAUGUGCAGAUACUUGCCUUACCAAUUUGAUCGGAAGCUUUCCGCAUUUGCUUUGGAAUGGCAACGUUAUUAAUGUUGCACUGCAAAUACUGGAAGCACUUUCAAAUAAUCUUGAAAAUGACACCGAUUGCAAAAUAAUGACUUUAUCUUUUCCGUCUCUGCAGCGGACUAUACAACUUCAGGAUACUUUGGAUCGGAGGAAAUUAGUAGUGCAAGAUUUCGCUUUGCGUUGUGAACAAAUUCUUCAGGAAGCAAUCAAAUGGGCACCAGGCAGCACUCGAAGCUGCUUCGUUAAAUAUAUUGCAAGCAUUAAUGUUGGUUGUUCUGGCAGUUUUCGUUUGACGGUGGAAGCUAUACUGAAAAGUUUAAACGACGCGUCUGGCUGUACAAAUGAUACCAGUCCAUCGCUUUAUCUUUCUGCUCUACAUUUAAGGUCUUUGUAUUUUGGCAAGGUGAAAGGCAUGAUAGAAGCAUCUAAAAAUGAAGAAGAGACCAAACCACAUGAACGACUUGCUGAUUUAUUUGAGCAGCAACUAGAAAGAGCUUGUGCAGAUGGAGCAGAUGGAUGUGAUGAAGAUAUUAUAUCCGAAGGCAUAUUGAGAUUAGCAGCUCUUUUCAUUUUAACGAAAGAAGUUUCUAAUCAAAAACUGGAUAGCCGUCUAUUACAUACUCUUGUUUUUGCACCACUCAAAAAUUUUACUGCUUCAACAAUGCGUCUUUGUGUAAUCGUAUGGAACUGGAUUCUUGUUGCCCGAGAAGAUAUCCAGCUUCAAUUUCUUCGAGAAAUGGCAGCAUGCUGGACAAUUACAGCACAAGAUCAUCUAGGUAUCUUCCAGCGUGACCCAGAAGUUGUUUCUCCUUUGAGUCUGCAAUAUUGCUCACCUCCAAAACGACCUCAUAUUCUUCCACACAGUAUAUGGAUUUAUUUUUUGGUGGAAAGAGUGGAUAUUGCCAAAUAUUCAAGCAGAGAACAACUGGACAUUCUGGAAUUGAUGUUUGUUCAAACACUUCCAUUGAAUGUGGGUCGCCUAAGAAUAGAUGUUAAUUCACCGUUAUACAUUUCUUCCGAUUCGAGUCUUUGCAAAGUCGAUUUAACGCAUGUUACAAUGACAAGAAAUGUUGAGACGAUUGGGUUACGAUGUCAUUUUCUUAACUGUGUGCUUUCUAUGAUACAGCGUGACUCGAUGUCAUUCCAUAUUUCCAAAAAUAUUUUACGACAACGUGUAUAUUGUGCUAUGUUGGAUUACUUUUCUGUUGCUGCUCAAACUCCAACACAGAACGCAGCACAAUUGAAGAAUGAUAUACGCUUGCUGAUUAUAUUUUGGAACACGCUUUUCUCUGAUGUGAAAUAUAUCAAGAAAGAAAUAUUUGCCAGUAUUGAUACCGAAUUCAACUUGGAGUCUCUUCAGCAAAUUUUAAACGAUAACUAUAAGUCUGACUCGGAAUACAAUCGCGCUGAUAUGCAAACUCGUCAUGCAAUGACAACCAGUGGUUGCAAUUGGGUAACACUUGUAGCUGCACAAGGUAGAGCUAGUUCAUUGCAGAAGAAUACGCAAAUCACUGUUGAUCCCAGUCGAUCCAAUCCAAAUAAACAUGCAGAACAGCAGAUGAAACUGUACAAUCGAUAUCGGAAUUUGAUUUUGAUAUUUGUUGCGAAUGAAAUCGAACGCCUAAGCGCAUGGUUAAAUCCGCUGGGUGAAGCUCUUGGUUUGGAAGAUGCAAGUAUUGAACAAUGGCGAAAAUCAACAUUCCCUGAUGCGAGAACAGAGGCUAAACUUCUCCGUGAAAACGCCAGAAUUGCUUGGCAGAUUUGCCCCGAUUUGGCUGUAUAUAUGCCAUCAAGAUUUCGUUCGUGCUCUGCUUGUCAAAUGGCCGUACAAGAAUUGCUCGUAAACUCGCCAGAAUUGGUGACGGAUUUACCGGAAGCUCUUUCUUUAAUGCUGGGAGAAGGAAGGAUUCUUGAAGAAAAAGUGGAGGAUUUGAAAACCUUAAGUCACAUUUUAACAUGGGCGAUAUGUGAUCCAGUGAUGGCUUUGUCGUUGCUCGGUCCACGCCAGUACCCAACACAUCCCAUUACAGUGCAGUAUGCUGUACGUGUGCUGAGAUCGUAUCCACCAGAUGUGCUUCUGCUCUAUAUUCCACAGCUUGUGCAAGCUUUACGACAUGAUACUAUGGGUUAUGUUGCUGAGCUAAUUAUGUGGUUGGCUGGUCAUUCACAACUUUUGGCUCAUCAGUUACUAUGGAAUAUGAAGGCAAAUAUGUACCGGGACGAAGAUUCAAGAGAAAAGGAUCCAGAUUUGCAUGGACCUUUAAGCGAAUUGAUCAACAAAAUAAUAUCAAAUAUGGAAGGUCCUGCACGAAAAUUUUACGAUAGCGAAUUCGAUUUAUUCAAACACAUCACUGAUAUAUCAGGAAAAAUAAGGCUGUUUCCAAAAGGCGAAGCUAGAAAAAAGGCUUGCUUAACUGCCCUCGCUGAGAUACAUCUAAAAACCGUGGCUUAUCUGCCAUCCAAUCCAGAAGCCAUAGUUCUUGAUAUAGACUAUAAAAGUGGGACUCCGAUGCAAAGUGCUGCUAAGGCGCCAUUUCUCGCUCGAUUCAAGGUUCUUCGUUGUGGUAUUCAAAAAUUAGAACAAUUAGGAAUCGCCGCACAUCAGCGGAAACACAUUCCUGAAGCAGAUAUUCGAUUUCUUUCAAGAUCGGAAGAUAGUCUUGUUUGUUGGCAAGCAGCUAUCUUUAAAGUUGGUGACGAUGUACGUCAAGAUAUGUUGGCGCUACAACUGAUGAACCUGAUGCGUAACAUUUUUAAUUCUGUGAAUUUGGACAUUUGCUUAUUUCCAUACAGAGUGGUAGCUACUGGGCCUGGCUGUGGAGUAAUUGAGUGUGUUCCAAAUUCGAAAUCAAGAGAUCAGUUAGGACGACAGACUGAUUUUGGAUUGUAUGAAUACUUUCUGACGACAUAUGGUGAUGAAAAUACUGAAACAUUGCAACGUGCAAGGCGGAAUUUCAUUCGAAGCAUGGCAGCAUAUAGUGUAUUUAGUUUCUUGCUGCAGAUUAAAGAUCGACAUAAUGGAAAUAUUAUGAUUGAUACCGAUGGUCAUAUAGUUCAUAUUGAUUUCGGUUUUAUGUUUGAGAGCAGUCCUGGAGGAAAUCUUGGAUUUGAACCAGACUUUAAACUUUCGCAAGAAAUGGUAGCAAUUAUGGGUGGCAAAAUGGAAGCACCAAGCUUUCGACUAUUUGCUUCACUUUGUGUCCAGGCAUAUCUGGCUGUUCGACCGUAUUAUAAAGCUUUUAUUGCUUUAGUGUCACUGAUGUUGGACACACAUCUUCCCUGUUUCCGUGGUAAAACAAUUCAGCAGUUUCGAGAUCGUUUUGCACCACAACUAUCCGAUCGUGAUGCAGCGAAGUAUAUGAUGAGUAUAAUACGCAACUGUUUCCUGAACGUAAGAAGCAAAAUGUAUGAUCAAUUGCAAUACAUACAGAAUGAGAUACCGUAUUAA